AUGGAUUUUCUAAAUCUUCUCAUGUCCGUUGUUGGUAAAGUAGGAGCUGCGUCUAUUAUAGAGCAUGCAGGUUAUUUGAUAUCCUAUGAAGGCAAUUACCAGAAGCUAGAAGAUAAUGUUAAGAAGCUUGAGGAUGCAAGAGAAAGAAUGAACCAUUUGAUUGAUGAAGAAAAAAGGAACGGAAAAAAAAUUGAAAAUGAUGUGCUGAACUGGUUGGAGAAUGUGAAUGAGGUUAUUGAAGAGGCAAAUAAGCUUAAGGAAGAUCCUCAUCGUGCAAACAUUGGGUGCUCUGAGUGGUUGUUCCCCAAUUUGUGUUUUCGACAUCAACUUAGCAUGAAAGCUACAAAGAGGGCAAAAGAUGUUGUUAAAGUGCAGGAAGAAGGGAAGUUCGAUCGAGUUGGUUACCUUCCUCCCCUAGAUGGAGUAGCCUCAUCUUCUGGCACAGUUGGUAGUGACAAACUUGAUACAAGGGAGUCAAUUAAGGAGCGAAUUAUGCAUGCUUUAAGAGAUCCUGCAGUACGCAACAUUGGGGUCUAUGGGUUGGGCGGUAUGGGUAAGACCCACAUGGUGAAGCAAAUUGCUCAAAUAGCUAAGCAAAUACAAUUGUUUGAUGCAGUAGUUAUGGCAAAUGUAUCCAAAACUCCAGACCUGAAAACAAUUCAAGGGGAGAUUGCAGAUUUGUUGGGUCUGCGGUUUAAUGAGGAGACUGUUGUUGGUAGAGCAUCGCGCCUAAAGCAGAGAAUUAUAGCAGAGAAAACUAUUCUUGUCGUUCUUGAUGAUAUAUGGACAAAACUUGAUUUGGAGAAAGUGGGAGUUCCAUCUGGGGAUGAACACAAUGCUUGCAAACUACUGUUGACCUCCAGGAAUCAGGAUAUGUUUCUGGAGAUGGAUGCUCGAAGGGAUUUUAAACUUGAAGUUUUGAAUGAAGCAGAAACAUGGAGCUUGUUUCAAACUAUGGCUGGGAAUGUGGUUAAGGAUAUCAAUUUGCAAAAUGUGGCAACUCAAGUGGCUGAAAAAUGUGCAGGUUUGCCUCUUCGGCUAGUGACUGUAGCUCGGGCAUUGAAAAAUAAGAAUAUUCAUGCUUGGAAUGAUGCAUUAAGGCAAUUAGAAAGUGUUGAUCAUGAGGGGAUGGAUGCAAUAACUUAUUCUGCUUUGGAAUUGAGUUACAAAUCAUUAGAGAGUGAUGAAAUGCGGGCAAUCCUUUUGCUUACUGCUGUGUUGGGAUCUGGGAAUAGUGUAGAGUAUUUAUUGAAAAUUUCAAUGGGUUUGGGCAUAUUCAAGAAUAUAAAUAUUGUGAAAAAUGCUAGAGACAGACUUUACAAAAUAAUUGGAUCCUUGAAGGCAUCUUGUUUGUUGCUCGAAGAUGACACGCAUGAGCAUAUCCAAAUACAUGACCUUGUUCGUGAAGUAGCUAACUCCAUAGCUAUUAGAGAUCAAAGUGUAUUUGUGGUGCAACCGAAUACUGAGUUGAAGGAAUGGCCAACAAAGAAUUUUCUAGAAAGGUGCCAGCAAAUCAUCUUAAAUAUGUGUCAUAUCCUUGAGCUUCCUCAAAAGUUAGAUUGUCCUAAUGUGAAGCUUUUUUACUUGUAUAGUGCUGAUCGCUUUUUAGAAAUCCCAAAUACUAUUUUUCAGGGAAUGGAAAGCCUCAAAGCAUUAGAUGUAACACGCUUUAACUUGUCUUCAUUACCCACUUCUUUUCGGUCCUUAACUAAACUUCAAACCUUGUGUUUGGAUCAAUGUGUUCUGGAAAAUAUGGAAGAAAUAGGAGCUUUGGAAAAUUUAAAAAUUCUCUCCAUUAGUUACUCUUCUAUGAUCAAAUUGCCAAGUGAAAUAGGGAAAUUGACUAAUCUAAUAAUGCUUGAUUUGAGCCAUUCUGGAAUUGAAUUCUUCCCACCUAACAUCAUAUCAAGCUUGACUAAAUUGGAGGAGUUGUAUAUGGGCAACACCUCCAUUAAGUGGGAGGUUGAGAAUUCAGCUAAGCAAAAUGAAAGUGUCAGCCUGGCCGAGCUUCGAAAAUUGCCCAACUUAACUGCUUUAGAAUUACAAAUUCCUGAGGCUGAGAUUUGGCCAAAGGACUUGAUGUUUCAUAAGCUAGAAAGAUAUAAAAUAGUUAUAGGAGAUAUGUGGGAAUGGUCUGACAAUGAGGAUGUGACCCUGAAUACAUUGAAGCUCAAACUUGAUACCGACAUACAUACGGAGCAUGCGAUUAAAGCAUUGAUUCAAAGGGUCGAGAAUUUGCACUUGGAUGAAGUAGAUGGAAUUUCAAAUGUGCUUUAUCAGUUGAAUAGGGAAGGAUUUCCAUUGUUGAAGCAUCUCCACAUCCAAAAUAAUGCAAACAUAAAGCACAUUGUCGACUCUACGGGUAGAAAUCAAGUCCAGGUUUCGUUUCUCAACUUGGAAACCCUAGUCCUUCACAAUCUGAAAAACUUGGAGAAGAUAUAUAAUGGCCCUCUUGCAAUUGAUUCUUUUGGCAAGCUUAGAGUCAUCAAAGUUCAAAAUUGUAUCCAAUUAGAAUAUCUUUUCUCCUUUUCAAUGGUUAAAGGGCUUUCUCAACUUUUGGAGAUUGAAGUUUGUCAAUGCAAUAAUAUGAGGAAGAUAGUGCUUGAAGAUUGCAAUGCAAGUACAGUAAACGAUAAGAUUGAGUUUCUUCCCGUGCGUUCUUUGACCUUGCAGCAUUUGCAGAAUCUUGACAAUUUCUUCUCUUAUGAGUUGACGUCCUCCGUAACCAAGCAUCAACGGUUGGAGACUAGUAUUCUUGUCCCGUUUUUUAGUUCUCAGGUUGCAUUACCUAAUUUGGAUACCCUUAAGUUGAGCUCACUCAAUUUGAGCAAAAUUUGGGAUGACAAUCAACCUUCUGUUUCCAAAUUGUCAAACUUGAUUGUGGAGAAUUGUGGUGGGCUGAAGUACUUAUUCUCGACCGCAAUGGUUGGAAAUUUUAUGAAUCUCAAACGGCUUGAAAUUAAUAAAUGUCAUUUGAUGGAUGAGAUAAUUUCUAGUGAUGAUGCAAAGAGAAACAAUGGAAUAACUACUUCAGUAAAUGAGGUUCGAUUUUCCAAAUUGGAGACAAUCAUAUUGAAGGACAUGGAAAACUUGGAGAUGAUAUGGCAUCACCAAUUUGACACAGUGAAGACAUUACAAGUUAAAAACUGUGAGAAAAUUGUAGUGGUUUUUCCUUCUUCAAUUCAAAAAACAUACCAUAUUUUAGAGUUGUUAGAGGUUACAGAUUGUGCUUUAGUGGAAGAGAUAUUCGAAAUUACUUCCAAUGAAAAGAGCUGUAUAGAGGAUACAACACACCUCAAAACAAUUUUUUUAGAAAACUUGCCAAAGCUGAGAAGGACAUGGAGUAGGGAUCCUCAAGGAAUUCUUAGUUUCCGUAAUCUAGAAAACGUAUAUGUAACAAGUUGUGGAAGAUUGGACUAUCUAUUUCCACUUUCUCUUGCCACUCACUGCUCAAAUCUCAAAGAACUUUCUGUGAAGCGGUGUGGGAACAUGAAGGAAAUUGUUGCAGAGAAGGAAGGAUCCAUGUUGACAACUCUCACAUUUGAGUUUAAUGAACUAAAUACUUUAUUGCUUUGGAGCUUACCGAAACUCAAGGGUUUCUAUGCUGGAAAUCAUACUUUAGCAUGUCCAUCUAUGAGAAAAAUAGAUGUUUCUGGGUGUGCAAAAUUGAAUUUAUUCAGCACUGUAUCCUCAAGUAGCCACGAAAGGCUUCCAGAUAGUAAACUCCCUUUUUCAGUGCAACAAUCUCAUUUCAGGGUCGAAGAG